AGAUUUAAAAUUCGAGGUUAAAAACGACUCCAUUUAGGAUACUAUCUUGUCCUCCGGAGCCAAAUUUCCUAAAUAAUGGAGUAUUAUUAUUUUCAGAGGGACUAAAAGUGUAAUUAUCUUUUUAAUAAAUAUAACGUCCACAAUUAGCCGCGAAUUCAAUAUCCUUUCUAGGUUUUCAAUUCCCCAUUCACAAUCAUGCGUGCCGCCUAUGAUUUCUCUUUCAGUCGGGCCAGAUCCGGCCCACUUUCCUUCUACGCCCGUCGUCGUCCAUGGAGAGAACUCUUAGCCCACCCAUCUUCCUAUACCCGACCCAUUUCCCUACCCGAUUUCACCUCUCGGGUCAAACGCAACCUCACUUACUUCCGUGUCAAUUACACCAUGAUUAUACUAAUCAUACUCUUUUUAUCCCUCUUAUGGCACCCGAUUUCGUUAAUUGUGUACUUAAUCGUGUUUAUUGCUUGGUUCUUUCUGUAUUUUCAUAGGGAUGAACCGUUGAUGGUUUUUAACCGUAUGAUUGAUGAUAGAGUUGUGAUGGUUGGAUUAGGUGUUGUUACUGUUGUGAGUUUGGUGUUGACUAGUGUUUGGUUGAAUGUAUUGGUUUCGGUUUUGGUUGGGAUUGUGUUGGUUGGUUUACAUGCUAUGUUUAGGAUUACUGAGGAUUUGUUUUUGGAAGAAGAUGAUUUUGAUGGUGGUGGAUUGCAUUCUUUUGUUGCUGCUUCGGUAUGAUAUAAAUGAAGAUUAACACCACGGAUUGAAAGAAUGUAGAGCAAAUUAUAAUGAUAUCUUGAAUCAGUUGCUGUUGACUUUUCAUUGUAUGCAUAUAGAAAAUUGGAGCACAAUAUAUUGAAGUUGAUGUUGAGUAUGGUAAUAGUUUUUAGAAAGAAUAUUUGGUUGUUUUGAAUGUACCGAAAGUGAAAACAGGGUAUUAGCUGUUUUCCAAACAAGUUGUAUUUGGGAUUUUCAUGGCCAAACACUGAUUUUCAAAUAAAGUGAAAACAUAUUCCGGGAUAAAGUUAAUAAUUGUCAUGGCCAAUGGGUCCUAAAUAUUGCUGCAAAUUUUCAAGGCUUUAUUUCUAUGGUUGUGAAUGCUGUUGUUUACAUUUUUCCGGCAAUCAAAUGGAGAAUUGAGAAACAUGGAUUAUUUAGUUUUUGUUCUAUUAUUGUAAAUACAGAAUACUACAGUUUGGGAAAAGGGAAAGGGAAAGGGAUUGAGAUUUUGGUUAUCAGUUUUGUGGUGAAAAUUAUACUUUUGAGUUGGUGAACUCAUGCAAUGAUUAUAGAAUCUCUGUGAUUUGUGAAAUUGGAUCUGUUUUGCCAAUUGACUGAGCUUUGCUGGAUUACUGUUUGGUGUAUUGUUGAAACGGUUUUCUUUAUCCAUGGGCAAUGAGUUUCAACG